AAUCUGCAUGAUAAACCAUCCGGAUAACUGUAUUUUCCGGAUUCCGUGAGCGAAGUUGAAGGCGUAAGUGAUCUUGUGAGGCCGGAAAGCAAGGGAGAUGGACCUGCGUCAACGGAUCCCCUCGACCCAAGCCCCGUCGUCACAAGCGCCAUCGACAGAAGAGAGCAAGAGCACCAUCAUCGUCGCACCAGAUGUAGUCUCCCUAGUCGUGAUCUUCCUCAUGUCCCUCAUCGCGGUUGGGACGUCCAUCUACUUUCUCAUUCUUCACGACCUCAGUGCCGAAGAUGCCGCCAAGAUUCGCUUCCCAACCUCGUUGCUUGUGGCGAAAGAACUGGGCCAGGAACUGCGUGACAUCACGGCGCACUCCCCUGGCCGUGUCCUCAUCGCUCAUGGCCUUCUGUACCUGUUUCUCCAGUCGUGGGCGAUCCCUGGCACCAUCUUCGUGAACCUACUCGGCGGUGCGCUCUUCGGCCUUCUAGUGGGGUUUCCCCUGUGCCUCUUGUACAACACGCUAGGGUCAUGUUUCAUGUACGGAUUGUCGGCUCGGUUUGGCGGUAAGCUCGUCCAAAAGCACCUCUCGACGCGGUUGCACCAAAUGCGCGUGACCAUCGACGCUCACCGCGACGACCUGACGCUGUACAUGAUCUUCCUGCGCAUCUUUCCAUUCUCCCCCAACUGGUUCAUGAACAUGUCGUCUCCCCAUGUGGGCAUUCCGCUGUUGCAGUUUGCCGCGUCCGUCGCGGUCGGCUUGACCCCGUACAACUUUCUCAGCUGCAAGGCCGGGCUCAUUCUCAGCGCGUUGCAAUCCAAGGGCGACAUCAUCGACACGGCCACGACCGUCCAGCUCAUCGUCGUGGCCGUCGGGGGCCUCGUCGGACUCCCUCGACUGAAGGCAAGAUUUGCCAAGUAACUCGAUGGAUUUUACAAUAAGUCCUGGAGUGAGUUAAGCUUAGUGGGGUGUUUGGGAACUCUGGUAUUCGUCGUGCCAAGCGGUUAGUUGCUUCGUGGUCAAGGGAAUCUCCAACGCCACGGCCAGCACUUCCGCCGUGUGCACCUGCACUUGCAUGUGACCUUUGCUGUCUAUCUUCGUAUCCAUUCUUACCGAAGUGGGCAAAUCGCGGAAAAAUUCCAUGAUCUUUUCAAACGACGCGUCCAGCAGGGUUUCUGCGCAAUUUCAGAAAAUUCAAUCUCGAUACAAGAACAUCCCCUUGUUAUAGUAAAAACGAACACAUGGGUUUCGAUACUGGAAUCAUCCCUUGAUAGAAGAACACACACGUACUCUCGGACACAGUGAGCAGCGCCAACGCCACGCGAUACACAAUCUUCCAGCCCUCGUGGAGAGCGUGACGAACCACUGCGUGGCGUACAUGGUGGGAUGCAGUCCCUCGGCGUCCAAGUGGUCUGCGAGCUUGGGGAGGUACUGCUUCAUGGACUGGUCAAAGGUCCACAUGAUCUCCAUGACGCGGGGCAUGCCUGGGCGGUACAUGUCGGCCAUGCCGUACUUCUUUUGGUUCAGACAGGCCACGACGUGCCAAAACGUUUGCUCUUCCGGCAUGUAGCUGAGGAACAGCGCCGAAAUGAACCCCAUGCCCUGAUACAAUCAAUGUAUGGGACAUGUCGUGGUUAAGCAUUGUGGUGUUGACAUA